CCCACUGUCUUACUCUAAUCAGCUGAGACUGGCAAAGACCACCUGUGGACUCAAGAAGAGGGUGAGAUGGGGUCUGGCUGGGGUACCCUGGGGAUCCUGGUGCUAAUGGCAGUUUUGGGGUUUGCUCCUGGCACACGAUCCCUCAACCCAGACGACCCCAACGUGUGCAGUCACUGGGAGAGCUAUGCAGUGACCGUGCAGGAGUCUUAUGCUCACCCCUUCGAUCAGAUCUACUACACCAGGUGCACAGACAUCCUCAACUGGUUCAAAUGCACCAGACACAGGAUCAGUUAUAAGACUGCAUACCGGCGGGGAGUGAGGACCAUGUACAGGCGGCGCUCGCAGUGUUGCCCUGGUUACAUAGAGAGCGGAGACCUGUGUGUCCCCCUGUGCACAGAGGAGUGUGCCCACGGUCGCUGUGUUUCCCCUGAUACCUGCCAGUGCGAGCCAGGCUGGGGAGGCCUGGACUGCUCCAGCGGCUGCCAGAGUGACCACUGGGGGGCGCACUGCAGCAACCGCUGCCAGUGCCAGAACGGGGCCCUGUGCAACCCCAUCACCGGCGCCUGCGUCUGCACGGACGGGUACCAGGGCUGGCGCUGUGAGGAGCCCUGUGACCCCGGCCACUACGGCAAGGGCUGCCAGCUGCCCUGCAAGUGUCUCAACGGUGCCACCUGCCACCACGAGACCGGAGAGUGUCUCUGUGCGCCAGGGUACACUGGAAUCUUCUGUGGAGAUCGCUGUCCCCCUGGCAGUCAUGGAGCCCAGUGUGAGCUGCGCUGCCCCUGUCAAAAUGGGGGAAUUUGUCACCACGUCACGGGGGAGUGCUCCUGCCCCCCCGGCUGGACAGGCUCUGUCUGUGCUCAGCCGUGCCCAUUGGGCAGGUAUGGCAUCAACUGCAGCCAGGAGUGCCCGUGCCGCAACAGCGGGCUGUGCGACCACAUCAGCGGGCAGUGCCAGUGUGAGCCAGGCUACACCGGGCAGAGGUGCCAGGAGGAAUGCCCGGUUGGCACCUACGGCCCGCAGUGUGCCCACAAGUGCGACUGCCAGAACGGUGCCACGUGCUAUCACAUCAACGGGGCGUGUGUGUGCGACACGGGCUUCAAAGGACCCCACUGCCAGGACCGGUUCUGUCCAAACGGGCUGUACGGCCUCAUCUGUGACAAGUACUGCCCCUGCAACGCCAGCAACACCAUCAGCUGCCACCCUCUGUCAGGGGAGUGCACCUGUGCAGCAGGCUGGGCGGGGCUGUACUGCAACGAGACCUGCCCAUCCGGUUACUAUGGUGAAGGCUGCAGCCAGCCGUGCGACUGCGCCAACGGGGCGGACUGCGACGCCUUCACCGGAGCCUGCAUCUGCGCCCCCGGGUUCACGGGAGAGGACUGCACUCUAAUUUGCCCCCCAGGACUGUUUGGGACAAACUGCUCCAGCUCCUGCUCCUGCCAGAAUGAGAUUGCAUGCUCCCCUGUUGAUGGUACCUGCAUCUGCAAAGAAGGCUGGCAGGGUGUGGACUGCUCCCUCCCAUGCUCCAGUGGGCUGUGGGGUCUGGGGUGUAACCAGUCCUGCGCCUGUGCCAACGGGGCGGCCUGUGACCCUGUGGAUGGUUCCUGCACCUGCUCCCCGGGCUGGCAGGGGGAGCACUGUGACAUGCCCUGCCCUGAUGGUACAUACGGCCUGGAGUGUCGGGAGUACUGUGACUGUAACCAUGCCGACGGCUGUGACCAUGUGAGCGGGGAUUGCCACUGCCUCGCCGGCUGGACAGGGGUCCACUGUGACAGCGUGUGCGUGCAGGGCCACUGGGGUCCCAACUGCUCCAACACCUGCACCUGCGAGAACGGGGGCUCCUGCUCACCUGAGGACGGCUCCUGCGUGUGCGCCCCGGGAUACCGCGGGACGUCCUGCAAGCGAACCUGCUCUCCAGGGUUCUAUGGACAGCGCUGCAGUCAGUCGUGCCCGCAGUGUAUUCACAGCACUGGGCCGUGCCACCACAUCAACGGCUACUGCGAGUGUCUACCCGGCUUCUACGGCUCCCUCUGCAACCAAGUGUGCCCUAGUGGCAGGUAUGGGAAAGACUGUGCGGAGGUGUGUCUGUGUACCAAUAAUGGUACCUGCAACCCCAUCGACGGCUCCUGUCAGUGUUUCCCCGGCUGGAUCGGUGACGACUGCUCCCAGGCCUGUCCCCAAGGCUCCUGGGGCCCUGACUGUAUCCACACUUGUAACUGUCACAACGGAGCCCAGUGCAGCGCCUCUGAUGGGGAGUGCAGGUGUAGCGCUGGCUGGACCGGACUCUACUGCACGCAGCGCUGUCCCUCAGGGUUCUUCGGGCAGGACUGUGAGGAGGUGUGUCACUGCCAGAACGGCGCGGACUGCGAUCACGUAAACGGACAGUGCGCCUGCCGCACCGGCUUCAUUGGAUACAGCUGUGAGCUGAAGUGCCCAUCUGGAACCUAUGGCUACGGGUGCCAACAGCUGUGUGAGUGUAUGAAUAACGCCACCUGUGACUAUGUGACAGGAACCUGUUACUGCAGUCCUGGCUAUAAGGGCAUCCGCUGUGACCAGGCAGCCCUGAUGAUGGAUGAGCUGAACCCCUACACUAAGAUCAGCCCGGCGCUGGCCUCGGAGCGCCAGUCUGCAGGCGCGGUGAUGGGCAUCAUCUUCCUGCUGCUGCUGAUCAUGGCCAUGCUCAGCGUGUUCGUCUGGCACCGGCACAGACAGAGGGAGAAGAGCCACGACAUGCCCAGCGUGUCUUACACACCCGCCCUGGGCAUCUCAUCCACCGACUACUCCCUCUCCGACGCCUCUCAGUGCAGUGUUAGUGCCAGUUCCAGUGGCCACUGCUUCUCCAAUCCCAGCUACCACACGCUGGGCCAGUGUGGAGUUGCACAGCGCCAUACCAACAACCUGGAAGGCCAAUCCACCAUGAAGCCGAAAAGCAAGAAAGGGGACAGGAACAGCGCAGAGUGGCGCGCUUACUGCAACCUCAAAGACCUCGGUGUGUACUGCCUGGACCGGCGUUACAAUACUUAUAUUGUAGAGCAGUGCUACAGAGAUUACAUGGAGUCCAUGUGCAGCGCCAGCACCUGCUCCCUGAACAGUGAGAACCCCUACGCCACCAUCAAGGACCCGCCAGGCGUGGGCCACAAACACUCAGAGAGCAGCUACGUGGAGAUGAAGUCCCCUGCUCACCGAGAACUACCCUACUGCUCCACCACUACCCCAGCGGCCAGCAAGAACGUCUACGACGUGGAGCCCACAGUCAGUGUAAUGCAGGGCUCCAGUGGAAUGAUGACCAUUUUCGCCCAGAGCCCCUAUGACCUCCCUCGUAACAGCCACAUCCCCAGCCACUACGACCUGCUGCCCAUGCGCAUCAGCCCCACACAUACACCACCACCCCCAGACAGCCCCCCUGGAUCCCUCUUAUAGGGAACAGGAUCGCCUCACACCGCUCUCACCUCUGUCUCUCUCACUCUCUCGCUGUCUCUCUGUCUCUUGGAUGGUGACAACAUCAGCCCAAAAUAUGAGACACUGGGAGAGCAGUGCACAGACAGGACCUGAAAUUCCUCUCUACCCCUCACUGUCUCCCUCUUUCACUCUUUACCCCUCCCUCACUUUCUCCCUUUCUCUUCAUCUCUCCCUCUUUCACUUCUUCACUCCCUCUCUCUCUCUCAUGAGAAGCUCUACACAGAUGCUCUCAGGACUGACUCAGUGGAGGUGAGGUGAGGGGGCUCUUGAUUUUCCUUGGAGAGCCACAUCCUGGAUGCACCCAGACACCAGCUACACUUUUCUUCACAACGACCAAACUGCUCUGGAUUCAGGACACCUCUACAAAACAAGUCCACUACAGAGCAAAUCUUUCA